AUGCGUAUAUUUAGAAAAUACCAUAUAAAAAGUCGAAUUAUUUUCAAGAAGAACAAAACGAUUGGUGACAAUUUUCGUGAAAAAAUCAAAGGUAACAAUACAAGGAAGAUUGGUGUAGUUUAUAAAAUAGAUUGUUCGAAUUGUGACAAUUUUUACAUUGGUCAAACUGGCAAAAAUGUCGAAGAAAGAAUACAACAGCAUCAAGACAAUUUAAAGAAAAUAAAUCCACCAAAUAAUAAAAUAGUUGAACAUGUUAUAACAAAUCAACAUCGAUUAAAAUUUGAUAAUCCAACAAUUUUAGCAUAUGACAACAACAAACAACGACGAGAAAUGAAAGAAACAUUACUAACUCGUAGAAACUUACGCUGGGCAUUUAAUGAAAUUUCAUUAAACACAUUGCUGUUUUAA